AUUAAAUAAAAAGGAUUCACUGAAAGGGAACGAGUAUUGAAGAGUCUCCACGUGCUGAGAGAAGCACAGGGGCUGAUAAUUUCUGCUCAAUAAUCAUGGCGACAUCAUUACACGAGACAGUUCUUAUCGGAAUAUGUGAUGGAGCGAUUGACAAGAAGAAAAACGCAUCUUACUGCACCAACAAAAUUGGAGAUAGACCGGACCUGCUUCCAAUAAUCACUCUCCAGUAUCCCUCAUGCAGUCUGUGUCAGAGAGGCCUUUCUCAUGUUGUGCAGGUCUACUGCCCUCUUGCGGCGUCUCCUUACCACAGAACCAUCAAUGUAUUUGCCUGCACCAACCCACAAUGCUAUGGGAAAUCAGAAAGUUGGAUUGUCCUGCGCUCUCAGUGUUUGGACGACGACAUUAAAGAAAGUCAAGACCAUAAAACCACGGAGUGCGCAGAACCUACAAUGUCAAGGACAGACUGGUGCGAUGAAGCUGAUGAUUGGGGGAUGGACGAUGAGUCGGCUAACAGUACUGUAGAAAAGCCAAAUGGCAGUGUUGGUGAAGGAACUGAUGUCAGCAGCAGGCUUCAGGAGCUCUGCAUUGACGGUGGUGCGGAUCAUCAAAGUGCUCCUCAACCAGACAAUGUGCCUGUUUUCAAGCCGUUCUACAUAAGUGUCAUGGAGGAAACAGACUUGGAUGGUUUUCAAGAUAUGGAUCAUGAAAAUGAACUGCUUAGAGAGUAUGAGGAAAGGGAGAGAGUGAAUGUGGAAGAGAUUCAAAGUUGUGAGCGUGGCGAAGUUCUGGAGGAAUAUGAGAAGGGCACAGCCAAACAUGGAGAUGACGUGUUCACCGGUUUCAUGAAGAAAAUCUCUCUUUGUCCUGAACAAGUGUUACGAUACAGCUGGAACGGAUCACCUCUGUUCAUAAUGAAGCCACCUUGUAAUGCUAGUCAAAUGGUGCCAUCCUGCAGUCACUGUGGAAGUCAGAGAGUUUUUGAAUUUCAGCUUAUGCCUGCAUUGGUCAGUUUGCUGGGUAGUGCAGACACAAACUCAGAGAUUUCACUGGAGUUUGGAACAGUUCUGUCAUAUACUUGCAGAAAUAGUUGUUGGACAUCUGGAUCAACGGUUCCAGUGGAGGAAUUUCUUUUUGUUCAGCCUGACCCAGACCAAAAGUAUUUCAAAUGACAUAAACAAUCAUUUAUCAUUAAUAAAGGUAGUUCACCAAUA